AUGUUAAGGAGAAGCAAAUCACUAAUUUUAAAAUACUUUCUUAGUCUCAUUAAUGGAGCUUUCUUGGUUCUUGGACUUUUACUCAUGGGAUUUGGUGCAUGGCUUUUAUUAGAUAGAAAUAAUUUUUUCCCUGCUCUAGAUGAAAAUAAUCCCUUGAUAGUAUAUGUUUUUGGAAUUUUGAUUGGAACUGGAUCAGCUAUUCUUCUUCUUUUUCUCUUGGGUUAUUUGGGAAUUCACAAUGAAAUCAGAUGGCUCCUAAUUCUGUAUGCGGUACUGUUAAUGGGGGCCUUUGGUAUUCAGGUUGCUCUCUCAGUACUCAUCUUCACAAAGAAGGAGGAGGUUCACCAAGUAUGGCAUGAUGAAAUUGAUUUAGUCAUUUCUCAGUAUGGAUCUAAAGAUGUGCCUGAAGAUAUACCUAAGUGGACUCUUCUGAAUGCUUUACAGAAAACAUUACAGUGUUGUGGCCAAUACAAUUACACAGAUUGGAUAAAGAAUAAGAAUAAAGAAAAUUCAGAACAGGUACCAUGUUCUUGCACGAAUUCUACAUUAAGAAAGUGGUUCUGUGAUGAGCCACUGAAUGCAACUUACCUAGAGGGUUGUGAAAAUAAAAUCAACACAUGGUAUCAAGUUAAUGCUUUAACAUUAAUUGGAAUUAACUUUGGACUUUUGGUUUCAGAGGUUUUGCAAGUUUCAUUAACUGUCUCUUUCUUCAGACAUACCAAGAACAGAAUAUAUGCAGAUAUGUGA